AUGCGUUUCGCUGCCCUUGCUACCCUUGCCUUUGCCGCUCUCGGUGGUGCCACCGCAGCUCCGGAGGAGCAUCAAGAAGAGGCUAGGGCCCCAUUUUCGGCUAUUGUCUGUUCUCAGACAAACUUCAAUGGAAACUGUCAAACCAUUCCUGACAAAGACUUACCAUGCUGCGUCAACAUCCGUCCCGGAAUCCGCGAGAAUGUUCGAUCCGUUCGAGUUGACAGUCCCCAGGAAUACUGCAUCCUUUACGAGUAUGUAACCUGUGCUUGUCCGUUCGCUGACCCCUUUCAAGGCAGAGCACUAAUGAUGCCGCUGCAAGUCGCCCGAACUGCCGGGGUCCUUUCCGUAGAAUCAACACCUCCGUAA